UUUUCUCUUUUUGAUUUGCACGCAAAACGUCUACGUUCCAGCAAGGGGUUUGACGUCAACGGAAGAUAGAUAGAUAGACCUUGUGAUCUGUAGGUGGACACUCUAAUCACGAUGCUAAAGAUUCAUUAAAUAAAGCUGAUUCAAGCUGGGAAGUUGGCAGUUACUUGCAGAAGACAGGUUACAAUAUCCCGGUAUAUAGCCACAACAAACAAAAUUUGUGGUUUUCUAAAAAGCAGAACGAAGAAAUGCCCUCUUCUUCCCUGAGUAUCGUAUAAUAUAUCACCAGAGAUGGAAGGAACGGUACUUCUCGGAGUGCUAUGUCCUCGGUCGAUGAUGUAUUAAGGCAAAGCCAAGAUGGUAUGUGAAUUUUGCAGACUUUGCGAACAUGGUGAAGGCCUUUAUUGGCUCUAACUACCUGUAUGUGGCAUUUGCUUUCUCUCAGAGUGGAUUGUGGCUUGGUAUAGUAGGAAUGUUCCUUAUAGCAUUUCUCACAGACCAUUGUUGUCACCUAAUUGUGAAGACAAAGCACCAUGGCAUCAAAGGAAUGAUGAAAAACCAUAGAAGUGCAACACCUGAUGUUGGCGCUAGGCAACGAAACUACGCUGUCUGUAAUGGUACUCCACGAGACUCCGGAGUAGAUGAUGAUGAGGCAUCGCCGUGUAUACAGCAGUCCGACAGUGAGGACAACAGUGACUAUGAAGUCGUUAAUCACGCAGAUGUUCAUGAACACAUAACAAAAAAUAUGAGUUACGGUGAUGUUGGGAACUUGGCAUAUGGAAGCAUUGGUGUUGGAAUAGUCAAUUUUUGUAUUGGGCUAACACAGUUUGGAUUUUGUGUGAAUUAUUUUAUAUUCAUUGGAAACACUUUACAUUCCUUAUUCCCUGUACAUUUAUGUUAUAAUUAUAAUGAAACUAACGAAAGAUUGUGUAAGGAUAUACACGAGACUGAUGUGAAAUAUGGAAAUUUCUCAUGGUCAAAGUCAGCGUUCUUACCACAUGAUAAUUCUGUUGACAUUUACUCCGCUGAUUCACCUCAGGACAGCCUCAGUUCAACGUUAGAAACAGUUGUGACAACAGUUUUACCAAAUAUAACAACUGUCUUACCAAAUGUGACUACUGUAUUACCAACUGUAGUUCCAAACAUCACCACUGUAGUUCCAAACAUCACCACUGCAGUUCCAAACAUUACAACGUUAUUACCAAAUGUAACUACAUUAUUGCCAAACACAACAACUUCAGCUCCAGUUACUAAUGCAACAACACCAUGGACAUUGAUUCCCGAGUUAGUUUACACAGCCCCGGACUUGAAGAUUCUGGUAGUUAGUCCCCUGAUCGUGUUCAUUCUGUUUGCGUUGAUACGUAAUGUUCGCUACCUUGGUGUGAUCAGCAUGGUUGCAAAUCUUUCCAUCUUGUUUGGCUGUGUGUCAGUCUUAGUCUUCAUCAUAAUUGAUUUCAAGAUAAGUGAGAGUAUCGUGAAGUUUCGUAUAGAAGGUUUUCCCGUCUUCUUUGGUAUGGUUACAGGGGCGUUUGAAGGAAUUGGACUGGUGAUACCAGUGGAGUCAAGCAUGGUUGGUAACAGACAUUUAUUCUCUGCAUUCCUCCAUGGUGCAAUCCUCUUCCUUACUGCGGUGCUAGGGUGUUUUGGUAUACUGGGCUACCUCAAGUAUGGUAAAGAUGUUCAUCAGAUGUUGAAUACAAACAUUCCCCCUGGAAAUCCUGUUUCCAUGGCAGUCAAUAUUGGUAUUUGUCUCGGAAUUCUCCUUACGUUCCCGCUACAGAUAUAUCCAGUUAUAGAGAUCAUAGAGAAAUACCUGUUCAGUGAAGGUAGAAUAUGUGGUCCAAGCAAGCAGAAGCUUCCAAGAGCAGAGGAAGAAGGGGAGGAUGAAGCAUUGAUGCCGCAAGAUAAGAAACCUUUACUGGAUCACAAAGACCUUGUUGCACAUGUACCUGACAGUGUACCAGCAUGGAAGAGGAAUAUGCUACGCAUAUCUAUUGUUGUCGUGGCAGCUGGACUGGCUGUUAUACUGAAAGAUAAUUUUGCUUAUGUUGGUGCUUUUGUAGGUGCUGUUGGAAGUUCUGUGUUAGCCUUUAUCUUGCCGUGUUUGUUCCAUUUACGUCUGUGCUGGCAUGAAAUCGGCGUGUUCAUCAAAGUCAAGGACAUUCUCAUUAUUGCGUUUGGAGUGUUUUCAAGCAUCAUCAGUGUCGUGUCUGUUGUCGAGAGGAUUGUCAAUCAUGUUGAUGUCGGGUAGAACUACUCCAGGAUAUUAGUACAGUAUAUAUCUCAUCAUCCAGGGAGACAACUCAAGUGUGCUUCUUGUCUAUUACUGAUAUAAAUUAUGUCCCCUAGCUCUUCAGCCGGCCAAUGACGGCCUUGUAUUUUUGUGAAAACUACAAAAUUUUUGUACUGGUUGCUGGACAACUUUGAAUAUCUCUUCCAUUUCUUAGAUUAGUAUGUGUGAAUUCAUUUACAGAUAAGUUGUAAGGUUGUAGGGAUAUAAGUUAUUAUUUUAGGGUAAGGAUUUAUGUCUAUUGUUGUAGAUUUUUGCGUAGAUUUCAUUUUGUGAUGUUGAACCUAUCACUUUGUCUUUCCACCUAGAAGCUAUCACACAUCUUCCCACAUCUAGUCUUAUUGUUGCUUUUAUCAAAAUAUGUUUGGCUAGUUUUCUAGAUAAAACAAAUCACUGUAUGCUCGUACACAAAAUUUGUAAACUAUUUUUAUGGUCAAACGUUUUUGGCCUCUGACAUACAUUAUGCAAGUUUUUUUCAAGGAAUGUUUUAUUAUGUCUUUCUGUGAUUAUGUUAUUUAUAACAGAUAGUAAUUCUAUAUUUUUUAUAUUUCUUUGAAAUUUAGCCUAUUUUCAGCACAUUUUCUUUCAUUUUGUCAUUAUGAAAUAUUGAAGUACAUGUAUUGUGAGAAGCCUAUUCGAUUACAAAGAAAUUGUUAGAAUUUUUUUUAAAUUUGACAGCGGUUCUGUAUAUCAAGAUAAUGUAUUUAGAAUCACCUGUAAAUUGUCCCACAUGUUGCUGUCCCUCUUGUAAAGCCAAGCUAUAGGCAACAAAAAUUAGGUGUUCGAUAUAUACCAUUACAGAAUUUUGAGAUGUAAAUAGUGAGAGAGAGAUCAAGAAAUUAGCAUAAGUAAAUACCUUUGAACAUUUGAAAGAAAAUGAAGAAUCUAAUUUGAGCUAUUUUUGCUGUUAAGUCAUUGUUUUAAGUAAAUGUUGAAGCAUAAAUUUAUUUUAGUACAGUAGAAGACAAUGAAGAUUUCUAAAUUUAAAAUUUAAUAUCUCUAUUAUACGGCCAACCCGCGUUAUAAAUUUAACCCCGCUAGAUCCGCGGGUCUGGAACCUUGGACCCAGACGACAGCUUUAUAACAGGGUCCCAGUGUAUUUAUAAAUUUCGUUAUACCAUAUUUUGGUUUGUGACAGUGGAUAUAUAUAGAAAGUAUUUAUUAAAUGUAAAAUCAAAAUAGAAAACCAGAUGCAAUAUUUGCGGCUAGUGAAAAUGUUCUGGAGAUCACAAGUGCAAGAUAUUUUCUUUCUCCAUAAUGUUGUUGGGGUUUUUUUCCCAAUCAUUUCAGCCAGAUUAAACCUAUUUUCGUUGUUGCAUACCAAACUUAUUUCACAACCAAUUAGUCAUUCAUAGAAAAAAUUGUACUAAUGUAGCAAUUAAAAUUAUUAAUCAUUGACAGCCGAUUAUACAGACUGAUGUGAUAUUUCUACACACUUGAUGAAAUUAAAGAUGUUGCUAUGGUAACUGAGUUAUUAUAGAGAAGAUGAAACACCAUUGGAUCUUGCUGAGUAAAUUCAUGCUUGAACAUUUGAUGUCAUUUUAGAGAAGACCUUCCAGUGUCUAAAUCAAACAUGUUCAUAAGCCAGGGUUGUCUUUUUUCUGUUCUAAGUCUCAUUUAAAUAUCUCGGUAUAAUAUCACAAUAUAUUUUGGCUAUCACUUUUUAUUCAGGAAUUUAUUGUGUUAAUAAUCUUCAUUUUAUUUUAUUCAGGAAAUCAUGACAAAUUUAUAUAAAUGUUGUAAUAGUUCAAUUUUAAUUCAGUACAUCAGUUACGUUGUGACACAAUUUUACCACAAGAGUAGUCGUAUAUAAAUUUGUGAUUCAAGCAAAAUGAGAUAAAGUAGCUGUGAAAUCAACAAAUUUCUUUUGCAUUGUGGCUGUUAAGCAAAAUAUAUUUUGCAUUAUCACUGAAGUAAAAAAUCGAAUUUUCUUUUCAGAUCACUGUUACUUUUUCCCAAAAGUUUGUAUGUGAAUACUUUGUUAGUAUUGUUUUCUUCAGGAGAUAAUGACCAGUAUUUAGAACACCAUUCUUGUUUAAUUAGUGUCUGUGUAUCAAUUAUACCACAAUUGACUUUACCAAUUAUAUUCGUAACCGCAUAGUGAAAUCAAGGUUGACUGUAUAUAAACUUGUAAUUUAAUCAAAAUGGCUUAAAGGGACUUACUCUCUACAAGGUUAAAGUGUCCUCCCAAAAUUUGUUAAUUUUAUUUGGAAAAGCAGCCUUUGUUACAGUAUGUUUUGCAUUGUCAGUGUGAAGUAUAGGCAGUGUGAGGUAUAGGCAGUGUGAAGUAUAGGCAGUGUGAGGUAUAGGCAGUGUGAAGUAUAGGCAGUGUGAGGUAUAGGCAGUGUGAGGUAUAGGCAGUGUGAAGUAUAGGCAGUGUGAGGUAUAGGCAGUGUGAAGUAUAAGCAGUGUGAGGUAUAGGCAGUGUGAAGUAUAGGCAGUGUGAAGUUAAAAAAAUGAUGUUUUGAAAAGAAUAAAACAUUUAACAUAUUUUGGAUUGAAAUGAUCCGCAAAAGUAGCAUUCUACAUUUAUUAAGGUAGUUCUGCAUGUUUGUUAAAUUGGAAAUAAAUAUGCAUUGUCAUUUAUCUGCUAAAUUUUAGAUUUAUUAUACAGCAACAUUACUACCUUUCUAAAGAUGAAAUAUAAUAUUAACCCUUAUCAUGCUAAAAAUGACUGAUUCUGCCUUUGCGACCAGUGGAGAUCAUGAUCUUGACUGUUUGCCAUUCAGUCAGUAUCUUUUUGGUAAGCACCCCUUUUAACAGUUAAUGGUACUGUCCAAAUUGAAAGAUGGACAAGUUCAUUAUAGAAUUUUAGCAAGGUAAGGGUUAAAAUGUUUGACAUGUUAAAUAAUUCUAAAUUAUGCCUUACAGUCAGUUUGAAAUGUGUGGAUUUAUUUUAGCAUAUAUUUCAAAAAUGCCUGUGAGAAGUUUCAUGAAAAUCUACAUCGUAGAAAAAUGUCUGUUCACAAAAAUGUUAUUUAAAGUAUAAUUUUCCAUUAUGAAAACCUGUGUGAGGUUGAUAUUGUUAGCUCAUUUGACCCAAAGGUGGGCUAUUGUGAUAAGCUUGUGUCAGUCUCCUGUUGUCUGGGGUUAAGUUUUAGCCUUGUACAGCUUCUCAUCACAAAACUUUGUGUGUAGAAUCCUUGUAAGGUCCUCUCUUGUUCAAAUGGUUCUGCUUGACUGAUUUUAGGGGCCACAAGAGCUAGAAAUAGAAAAACCUAAUAACCUCUUAAGAGCAACUGCUUGAUGGAUCAUCACCAAACUUGGUCUGUAGUUUCCUUGUGAGGUCAUCUCGCAAUACUGUUCAAAUUGUUCUGCUUGACCUAUUUUAGGGGCAGCCAGAGCUAUAAAAAUAGGAAAACUUUUAAACAACUUUUUCUUAUGAACAGCUUGAUGAAUCAUCACCAGUCUUGGUCUGUAGCAUUCUUGUUAGGUCCUCUGAAUUUGUACAAUAGUUCCACUUGAAUGAUUUUAGGGGCAACUAGAACUAAAAAUUAAAAAAAAACUAAACUUCUUUUCAUGAACUGCUUGAAGAAUUUUUACCAAACUUGGUCUGUAACAUGCUUGUAAGGUCCUCUUUCAGUUUGGUUCAAGUGGUUCUGUUUAACUGAUAUUUGGGACAACCAGAAGUAAAAAUAGAAAAAAAAAACUUCAAACAAUCUCCUCUUGGACUGCUUGAUGGAUCAUUACCAAACUUGGUUUGUAGCUUCUCAAAUGGUUCUGCUUGAAUGAUUUAAGGGGCUGCAAAUAGAAAAACUAUUUAUACUAAACACGGUUGUUAAUUCAUAAUUCAGUGUGUCUUACAUAUAUUCAAGGUCAAAUUGUCAGUUUCAGGUGAGCGACUGAGGGCCACUUUGACCUUCUUGUUCAAAUCAGACACACAACCUUAUCUUAUGUAUUUGACAAAUUUUCUAAGUAUGUUCUGAAGUUUUGAGUCAAAUUCUACAUUACUGGUAAUGUAAAUGUUUAACUCUAGUUUUCACUUCUUUUUCUAACUUUGAAUGUUGAUUUUGCUAGUUCUCAGUUGUAUAUAAAUGCUGAUAUUCAAUAUUUCAACCUGUACCGUGGUCAGAAAGCCUGAAUUGUGGCCAGUGUAUGAUUUUAUGUGGAUAUAAGGAUCUGUUGUUGUUUUGGUUUUUUAGCUCACCUGUCACAAAGUGACAAGGUGAGCUUUUGUGAUCGCGUGGCAUCCGUUGUAUGUCCGUCCGUGCGUAAACUUUUGCUUGUGACCACUUUAGAGGUCACAUUUUUCAUGGGAUCUUUAUGAAAGUUGGUCAGAAUGUUCAUCUUGAUGAUAUCUAGGUCAAGUUCGAAACUGGGUUACAUGCGGUCAAAAACUAAGUCAGUAGGUCUAAAAAUAGAAAAACCUUGUGACCUCUCUAGAGGCCAUAUUUUUCAUGAGAUCUUCAUGAAAAUUGGUCAGAAUGUUCACCUUGAUGAUAUCUAGGUCAAGUUUGAAACUGGGUCACAUGGGGUCAAAAACUAGGUCAGUAGGUCUACAAACAGAAAAACCUUGUGACCUCUCUAGAGGCCAUAUUUCUCAAUGUAUCUUCAUGAAAAUUGGUCAGAAUGUUCACCUUGAUGAUAUCUAGGUCAGGUUCGAAACUGGGUCACGUGCGGUCAAAAACUAGGUCAUUAGGUCGAAAAAUAGAAAAACCUUGUGACCUCUCUAGAGGCCAUAUUUUUCAUGAGAUCUUCAUGAAAGUUGGUGAGAAUGUUCACCUUGAUGAUAUCUAGGUCAGUUUCAAAAGUGGGUCAUGUGCCUUCAAAAACUAGGUCAUAAGGUCAAAUAAUAGAAAAACCUUGUGACCUCUCUAGAGGUAAUAUUUUUCAAUGGAUCUUCAUGAAAAUUGGUCAGAAUUUUUUAUCUUGAUGAUAUCUAGGUCACAUGUGCUCAAAAAUUGGGUCACUUUGUCAAAUAAUAGAAAUAACGACGUCAUACUCAGUUCAACACUGGGUCAUGUGGGGAUAGGUGAGCGAUUCAGGACCAUCAUGGUCCUCUUGUUUAAAUUUUUAAUCAUGCUGCUGCCUUAUCCAUAAUUAUGUUUUAAUUGUUAUAUAGAUAAUGUAAUAUAUGUAUAACUUUGCUAGUUUUUGAAACAAUUAUAAAUAUGAUUUAUCUCCAUCUUACGAAAAGGAAAUCUUAAUUUGAAUUUAACAAUGCGUAAUAUAUUUGCCAGACAAGCAUGAAAAGUGAGGUAAAUAAAGUCUAAAUCUACAUGUGUUAUAGGUUGAUUCUCCUGACUGUGAUAGUUUUGUAAAUCUGGUAAAACUGUCAUUUUAACCCUUACCAUGCUGGACACGAUUGGUUCUGCCUUUGUGACCAGUAUAGAUUAUGACCAGCCUGCACAUCUGUGCAGUCUGAUCAUGAUCUGCACUGUUCGCUAUUCAGCCAGUAUCUUUUUGGUAAACACCCCUUUAAACACUUAAUAGUAUUGUCCAAAUUGAAACGUGAACAAGUUCAUUAUAGAAAUUUAGCAUAGUAAGGGUUAACACCUGUUAUUCAAAGCAUGUAUUGAAGCCAGUUUCAUUUUCCAAGUCAGAGGACUUGUUAAUGUUCUUCUUAGCUGUGCAGACUUUAGAAUAGGAAAACCAGCAGAAGUAUCCCAAAUGAGAACAUGAGAGGGGGGCAGCCUCGGGGCAGAUUAGUGAAAACCAGCAGAAGUAUCCCAAAUGAGAACAUGAGAGGGGGGCAGCCUCGGGGCAGAUUAGUGAAAACCAGCAGAAGUAUCCCAAAUGAGAACAUGAGAGGGGGGCAGCCUCGGGGCAGAUUAGUGAAAACCAGCAGAAGUAUCCCAAAUGAGAACAUGAGAUGGGGGCAGCCUCGGGGCAGAUUAGUGAAAACCAGCAGAAGUAUCCCAAAUGAGAACAUGAGAGGGGGGCAGCCUCGGGGCAGAUUAGUGCAAAAAUAAAGACAGCGGAGAAAACAGUUGUGUAAUAAGAUAUUAUAGUUUUCUGUAAAAAAAGUUAGUUGUGGAAGAUCUGAAUUUACUUUGCACGGGUUAAAAACAUUUACAAAAUUUAUAUACUUGUAUCUGAUAGUUAAUUUUAGCUCACCUGAGCCAAAGGCUCAUGGUGAGCUUUUGUGACCGCUCAAUGUCCGUCGUGCGUAGUAUGUCGUGCGUUGUCCUUUGUGUGUCCGUCAACAAUUCCUAAAAAAAUCUUCUUCUUGAAAACCACUGGGCAGAAUUACACCAAACUACACAAGAAUGAUCCUUGGGUGGUCCCCUUUCAAAAUUGUUCAAAGAAUUAAAUUCCAAGCAGAAUUCUGGUUGCCACGGCAACCAAAAGGAAAACUUAAAAACUCUUCUUGUCCAAAACCACAGGGCCUAGGGCUUUGAUAUUUGGUAUGUAGCAUGGUAUAGUAGUUCUCUUCCAAGAUUGUUCAAAUUAUUCCCCUAGGGUGAAAUAUGGCCCCGCCCCGGGGGUCACAUGGUUUAUAUAGACUUAUAUAGGAAAAAACUUUAAAAACUUCUUGUCUGAAACCACAAGACCUAGGCCUUUGAUAUUUGUUAUGUAGCAUUGUCUUAUGGUCCUCUACUAAGAUUGUUCAGAUUAUGUCCCUAGGGUGAAAAGAGGCCCUGCCCCGGGGGUACUAAGUUUUACAUAGACUUGUAUAGGAAAAACUUUAAAAAUCUUUUUGUCUGAAACUGCAAGGCUUAUACUUUUGAUAUUUGGUAUGUAGCAUUGCCAAGUGGUCCUUUACCAACAUUAUUUAAAAUUAUGCUCCUGAGGUGAAAAGAGGCCCCACCCAGGGGGUCCCAAGUUUUACAUAGACAUAUAUAGAAAAAAACUUUAAAAAUCUUCUUGCCUGAAAGUGCAAGGUUAAGGCUUUUGAUAUUUGGUAUGUUGCAUUGCCUAGUGGUCAUCUACCAUAAUUGUUCAUAUUAUGCCCCUGGGGUGAAAAAGGCCCUGCUCCGGGGUAUCAAGUUUUACAUAGACUUACAUAGGAAAAUUUUUAAAAAUCUUCUUGUCUGAAAGUUCAAGGCUUAAGCCUUUGAUAUUUGGUAUGUAGCAUUGCUUAGUGGUUCUCUAACAAAAUUGUUCAAAUUAUGCCCUUGGGAUGAAAAGAGGCCCCACCCCGGGGGUCACUUUAUGAAUUAUAUAGGAAAAUAUAAUUAAAAAAUUAUCUGAUCAUAUUUCCUAGUCUGUUUAAUUAUAAUUACCUGAUGACCCCAAGUAACUAGGGGUCACUUGGCUGUGACCUUGACCUAAUGACCUACGUUUUUGUUUUUUAAGAUACAGCCUUGAAAUUUGGAUGACAUACAGUUUUGCACACCGAUCUUAAUGGCAUAGAAAUUUGGACCACAUCAAUGACUUAUGAUAAAGAUUUAAAUACUCAUCUUUAAUGUUCUUAUUGUGACCUACUGAGCUACUUUCUUGUUUUUGAAGCCACAGCAAAAUGAUUUGGACCACAUGUAUAAUGUUUGAUACAGAUCUCAAUACUCAUCUUAAAUAGUCUUUAUCCUGACCUACUGACCUACUUUCUUGUUUUUAAAGACAGAGCAUAGAAAUUUGGACCACAUGUAAAACUUUUGAUACGGAUUUCAAUACUCAUCUUAAAUAUUAUUAACCCUGACCUACUGACCUACUUUCUUGUUUUUGAAGCUACAGGAAAGAGAUUUGGACCACCUGUAAAAAAAUUUAACAGAUUUUAGUACUUAUCUUAAAGAAUCUUUACCAUGACCUUUUCACCUAGUUUUUUUUUUUUUUUUUUUUUUUUUUUGAAGCUUUAGCAAAGAAAUUUGUUCAAGCAAGCAGUUAAACUCAGAUGAGCGAUAUAGUGCCAUCAUGGCCCUCUUGUUAUAACAAGAUAAUGAUAAGGUUGAUAAUUAAGAAAAAAUAAUGUCGUAAUGCAUUGUUUAAAAUUUAUAUUGUUAAUUAAAACUUUAUUGUUCAGUAUAUGUAAUCACUUAACCAUUUCUCUACUGGUUGAAAACCAGUUUCAGGGACUAGGAUUGUGCUUUUCCAUUUGUCUGUCCAUCCACAUUUUAGUGUCCGGUAUUUAACUCGUCCAUCAAGGCAUUUUGAUAUUACAAAAUGUACUUGGUACAAGACGAUGUCUCAUGGCAAAGCUUAAAGGUCAAGGUCAUAUGUCAGAUUCAAAUAUGAGUAAGGUUUUUUACCUGUCCAGUCCAUUACUCUAUCACCCAUAAAGGGAUUUUAAUAUUACUUGGCACAAUAUUCUCCUUAACCAGAUCACAUGUCUUGGGCAAAUCCAGAGUAGUCCUCUAGCUCGAAGAUCAAAAGUCACACUCUGAAGCAAAUGUCAAUAGGGUUUUCUUUUUAACUAUCUGGUCCCUAACUCUGUCAUCUGUGAAGGAAUUAUAAUAUUACUUCUAAUGCCUCGGUAGCUUAGGAUGCUUUGAGUGUGAAAGUUUGUUUGGUUUCGUAGACGCGAAAAAUGGUACUAGUAGCUUCAUCACUAGACCCUCGGCAUUAAGAGGAUAGUACUACAAAUACAAACGGUCAGCCUGGUGUCAGUAUAAUGCGGCUGGGUAUCAUGUCACAUGUCUACAGCAUGAUAUUCCAAAGAGGCAGCAUUGUGUUGGGCAUUAUGCUCCCUGUUACAAGUAAACACUGUCGUAUAUAUUGAAAACUGAAAAAAGAAGCUAAACCUGAACACACAUACACACAUAACUUAGGUACAAAUGUUCCCCAUAAUGAGAUGGCAUGUUGUAGGCACAAUUGGUUUCCUCAGACAAAGGUCAAGGUCACACUUGGAGGUCAAAUAUUAGUGUUGUUUUUUUCCUGUCUGGUCCAUACCACUGUAUUGCAUUAAGAGAUUUUAAUUUACUUGGCACAGAUGUUUUUUAUAAUGAAACAAUGUGUCAUGCACAACAUUGGGAUCCCUAGCUCAAAGGUGAAGGACAUGGAGGUCAAAAGUCAACAUUGAUUGUAAAAUAUUUUAGGUCCCUUUUCAUGCCCCAUCUGUAACUUUUUUGUCCUUGUAUGGAUAUUUAAAUAACCAUGUAUAAAUAUUAAACACUUGUAACAAGCACCUGUCUUAUAUGGACCUAAUUUAAAAAUGUUGGUGUGUUUUCUGCAGAGUAACUUUCCUUUAAUAUGAUGAAGUAUUUCAUUAUAUUUUUAGCUCACCUGAUGUCCGUCGUCUGUCUGUCUAUCGUCUGUCAACAUUUAGCUUGUGUAUGCGAUAGAGGCUGUAUUUUUCAACUGAUCUUCAUGAAAUUUUGUCAGAAUGAUUACCUUGAUAAUAUCUAGGCCAAGUUCGAAAAUGGGUCAUCUGGGGUCAAAAACUAGGUCACUAGGUCAAAUCAAAGAAAAACCUUGUGUAUGCAAUAGAGGCUGUAUUUUUCAAUUGAUCUUCAUGAAUUCUAGUCAGAUCAGAAUGAUUACCUUGAUGAAAUUAAGGUCAAGUUUGAAUAUGGGUCAUCUGGUGUCAAAAACUAGGUUGCUAGGACAAAUCAAAGAAAAACCUCAUGUAUGCGGUAGAGACUGUAUUUUUCAAUUGAUCUUCAAGAAUUCGGUCAGAAUGAUAGCCUUGAUGAAAUUAAGGUCAAAUGGGUCAUCUGAUUUCAAAAACUAGGUCGCUAGGACAAAUCAAAGAAAAACAUUUUGUAUGUGAUAGAGGCUGUAUUUUUCAGUUGAGGUUCAUGAAAUUCGGUCAGAAUGAUUGCCUUGAUCAAAUCAAGGUCAAGUUCAGAUGUAGGUCAUCUUGGCUAAAAAAAAACUAGGUCACUAAGUCAAAUUGAAAAAAAUAAUUGUUUACACUUAAUAGACCACAUUUUUGGUCCAAUCUUAAUGAAAAUUGGUCAAAAUAUUUGUUUCCAUGAAAUCACUAAGUCAAAAAUGUUUACACUGUUAUGGUUCGUUUCUCAGGUGAGUGACCUAGGGCCAUCUUGGCCCUCUGGUUUUUCUUACUUAAACACCAAUUUAAAAAUGAAAUGUUACUGAAAUAUUUUUUCGUAUUAAUAGAUAUUAAAGACAAUUAACGACUGUAGAUUUUUAUGUAUGCAAAUUUUAAUCCAAACAUUGAGCAUUGUAACAGUAUUGUAUAUAUAGCACAAUAUUGUAUACAGGUGUAUAUGAGUCAAUUACAGGUAUCAGAUCAAUCUGUUAUAUUGCAGUUGAGAUAAUUAUAGUCACCUUCCAGUAGGGGACUUGAUAUUACAUACAGUACUUCAUUUACUUGUUUACAGUAUUUACCUACACAUUUGACCAUAAUUAGCUGCCACACAAUGAAUAAUGACAUUGUAUAUUUUUAUAUAAGAACUAUAUCUACAUUGAAUGUAUGUGAGGUAAAGGUUGACAUUACUCAAUAAGGCUCAGAGGAGUACAUGGGCCAGUGUUCAUCAACAUUUUAAAUGUGGAAUUUAGACAUAGACUUUUAGUUAAAUGCUAAAUUUUGUUUUUACUUUGUCACAGUCAGGUAAGCUUCAAUUGCAGUGAAGUUUUGCAUGAAUGUACGACAGCUACAUGUGUCUUAGAAACAUUCCAGUAGCAUGAUUGGUUUAUAAUGAAGUUCUACUCAUGUUAAAAUAUUUGGGUCCCCUGUGUUUUUGGGACAACUUGUGUAUGAAAAGAAUUGGAAGUCCUUAUGCUUGUAGUAUGGUAUACGAGCAACUAAUGAGAUUUGAAACCAAACAUUUUAGACCUGUUUGGUGCAAUGUAAAAUCUAGAACAAAAAUUGAUUAUUUGUAGUUGCAAUGUCUAAAUGUCUAAAUUUCAGAUAUUACACAUUGAUGAAUACAGGCCAUGGAUACCUGUGGAUUGGGUUGUACAUGUAUACUAGGGGUGUUGUGAUAUAUCAAUACAAUUACUAUUACUGGAAAUUCUCUCCUCUUCAAUAGCCCAUGUUAAUGCAUGGCAUUUUUUAAAUAAAAUGGGUUCGUAAAUUUUUCCAGGCAUUCUACUGUGUGAGGUCUUUUUUAAAAUAUUUUCAUAAAUUGAUUCAUUGAUUCACCUAUUGUUAAGAAGGACUUUAUUUCCAGUAGUUUCUUAAAAGUAUUUCUUGAGCAAGUGUAAAAUUUGAUUAUCAGUAUACAGGUGGAACAUCUCUUUAUUCCACCAGUUAUUGCAAUAAUAUCACAGUAGUAUUUCCAUCAUCCUUUCAGCAAUAUCAGUACUAUUCCAAUGGUCAGAAUAAGCUGCUUGUACAUUUCUUUUUAUUUCCACUAAUACAGAGUGAAUUUAAAACACUUGUGAAUAUUAAGAAUUAUCAUCUCCAGAAGAAUAAACCAUCAGGAGUGACAACUUCUGUACAAUGCUAAUAUCUGUGUUGUUGUUUUUAGCUCAUCUGAUUUUUUGAAAAAAAAUGAUGAGUUAUUGUCAUCACUUGAGCGGUUGUCGGCGUCGGCGUCGGCGUCUGCGUCGGCGUUGCCUGGUUAAGUUUUAUGUUUAGGUCAGCUUUUCUCCUAAACUAUCAAAGCUAUUGCUUUGAAACUUGGAAUACUUGUUCACCAUCAUAAGCUGACCCUGUAUAGCAAGAAACGUAACUCCAUCUUGCUUUUUGCAAGAUUUAUGGCCCCUUUUGUACUUAGAAAAUAUCAGAUUUCUUGGUUAAGUUUUAUGUUUAGGUCAACUUUUCUCCUAAACUAUCAAAGCUAUUGCUUUGAAACUUGGAAUACUUGUUCACCAUCAUAAGCAGACCCUGUACAUCAAGAAACAUAACUCCAACUUGCUUUUUGCAAGAUUUAUGGCCCCUUUUGUACUUAGAAAAUAUCAGAUUUCUUGGUUAAGUUUUAUGUUUAGGUCAACUUUUCUCCUAAACUAUCAAAGCUAUUGCUUUGAAACUUGGAAUUCUUGUUCACCAUCAUAAGCAGACCCUGUACAUCAAGAAACAUAACUCCAUCUUGCUUUUUGCAAGAUUUAUUGCCCCUUUUGGACUUAGAAAAUCAGUUUUCUUGGUUAAGUUUUAUGUUUAGGUCAGCUUUUAUCCUAAACUAUCAAAGCUAUUGCUUUAAAACUUGCAACACUUGUUCACCAUCAUAAGUUGACCCUGUACAGCAAGAAACAUAACUCCAUCCUGCUUUUUGCAAGAUUUAUGGCCCCUUUUGGACUUAGAAAAUAUCAGAUUUCUUGGUUAAGUUUUAUGUUUAGGUCAACUUUUUCUCUUAAACUAUCAAAGCUAUUGCUUUGAAACUUGCAACACUUGUUGACCAUCAUAAGCUAACCCUGUACAGCAAGCAACAUAACUCCAUCCGGCUUUUUGCAAUAAUUAUUGCCCCUUUUGGACUUAGAAAAUCAUUUUCUUGGUUGAGUAUUAUGUUUAAGUCAACUUUUCUCAUAAACUAUCAAAGCUAUUGGUUUAAAACUUGCAACAGUUUUUCACCAUCAUAAGUGGACACUGAACAUCAAGAAACAUAACUCUAUCCUGCUUUUUGCAAGAAUGAUGGCCCUUUUUAGACUUAGAAAAUCAUGGGUAGGACAAUAUUUCUAUUACACAAAAAAAAUCAGAUGAGCGUCAGCACCCGCAAGGCGGUGCUCUUGUUUUAGCUCACCUGUGACAAGGUGAGCUUUUGUGAUUGCGCAGCGUCCAUCGUCCGUGCGUGCGUAAACUUUAGUUUGUGACCACUCUAGAGGUCACAUUUUUCAUAGGGUCUUUAUGAAAAUUGGUCAGAAUGUUCACCUUGAUGAUAUCUAGAUCAAGUUCGAAAUUGGGUCACGUGCGAUCAAAAGCUAGGUCAGUAGGUCUAAAAAUAGAAAAACCUUGUGACCUCUCUAGAGCCAAUAUAUUUCACAAGAUCUUCAUGAAAAUUGGUCAGAAUGUUCACCUUGAUGAUAUCUAGGUCAGUUUCGAAAGUGGGUCACGUGCCUUCAAAAACUAGGUCAGUAGGUCAAAUAACAGAAAAACCUUGUGACCUCUCUAAAGGCCAUAUUUUUCAUGGGAUCUGUAUGAAAGUUGGUCUGAAUGUACAUCUUAAUGAUAUCUAGGUCAGGUUCAAAACUGGGUCAUGUGCGGUCAAAAACUAGGUCAGUAGGUCCAAAAAUAGAAAAAACCUUGUGACCUCUAGAGGCGAUACUUGUGAAUGGAUCUUCAUAAAAAUUGGUCAGAAUGUUCAUCUUGAUGAUAUCUAGGUCAAGUUCGAAAGUGGGUCACGUGCCUUCAAAAAUUAGGUCAGAAGGUCAAAUAAUGAAAAAAACAUUUUGACCUCUCUAGAGGCCAUAUUUUUCAUGGGAUCUGUAUGAAAGUUGGUCUGAAUGUUCAUCUUGAUGAUGUAUAGGUCAAGUUUGAAACUGGGUCAACUGCGGUCAAAAACUAGGUCAGUAGGUCUUAAAAUAGAAAAACCUUGUGACCUCUCUAGAGGCCAUACCCUUGAAUGGAUCUUCAUGAAAAUUGGUCAGAAUGUUCACCUUGAUGAUAUCUAGAUCAAGUUUGAAACUGGGUCACAUGCCUUCAAAAACUAGGUCAGUAGGUCAAAUAAUAAAAAAAACCUUGUGACCUCUCUAGAGGCCAUACUUUUCAUGGGAUCUGUAUGAAAGUCAGUCUGAAUGUUCAUCUUGGUGAUAUCUAGGUCAAGUUUGAAACUUGGUCAACUGCGGUCAAAAACUAGGUCAGUAUGUCUAAAAUUAGAAAAAUCUUUUGACCUCUCUAGAGGCCAUAUUUUUCAAUGGAUCUUCAUGAAAAUUGGUCUGAAUGUUCACCUUGAUGAUAUCUAGGUCAGUUUCAAAACUGGGUCACGUGCGGUCAAAAACUAGGCCAGUAGGUAUAAAAAUAGAAAAACCUUGUGACCUCUCUAGAGGCCAUAUUUUUCAUGAGAUCUUCAUUAAAAUUGGUCAGAAUUUUUAUCUUGAUGAUAUCUAGGUCAAGUUCAAAACUGGGUCACAUGAGCUCAAAAACUAGGUCACUAUGUCAAAUGAUAGAAAAAAACGAUGUCAUACUCAAAACUGGGUCAUAUGGGAAGAGGUGAGCGAUUCAGGACCAUCAUGGUCCUCUUUUUUAUCAAAAGGCAAACUAAAGUGACACAAAAAAAUACCUAAUAACAAUAUUUCUCUUUCAGUGAAUCUUGUUUAAACUUUGCAUAGAUCUAGUUCCAAAUUUGAAUAAAGAACAAUAUUGAAUUUCUACAUUCUGUUUAGUUCCAUAGGUUGAUUGUGAGCUAUGAGAGCAAUUAAAAAUCACAGGAUCUGAAAUGUCUACACCUCUGACCCUAGUUACUAAAUUUUUUAAUCAUGCAAAUACUCAUAAAUCUCAUCUGUUAUCAUAUAACAUGUCAUGCUGUAUACUUUCUAUAUGUUAUUAAAUUGAUAAACAUA